CACAUUUUCUCUCUCUCUCUCUCUACAGUUUUCAGCUGAAAAACGUAACUGAAUUUUCCGUGUAAUGGCGGCGUUGUACGUCGGCGACCUUGACGGCGACGUUACUGACGGCGAACUGUUCGAAGCAUUCUCGGAGUUCAAAAGUCUGGAUUCUGUUCGCGUUUGUCGUGAUUCAUCUACUGGCCGUUCACUCUGUUACGGCUACGUUAACUUCAUUUCUCCUCAAGACGCUGUGCGUGCUAUUGAGGUGAAAAAUCAUUCCACUCUCAAUGGAAAAGCUAUAAGGGUUAGUUGGUCUCGCCGUGAUUCUGAUGUGAGAAGAAGUGAAACUGCAAAUGUGUUCAUCAAGAAUCUAAAUGAUACAAUUGAUAGCGCGAAGCUUGAAGAAAUAUUCCACAAGUUUGGAAAUAUCUUAUCCUGUAAAGUUGCUGUUUCUGAGGAUGGAAGGAGUAAAGGAUAUGGAUUUGUCCAGUUUGAGACUGAGGACAGUGCAAACGCUGCUAUUGAGGAGCUCAAUGGAUCUGACGUUGAAGGAAAGCAGAUGUAUGUAGGCAAGUUUGUCAAAAAGAGUGACCGGAUUCUUGCCAGCCCUGAUGAAAUAUAUACAAAUUUGUUCAUCAAGAACUUGGAUCCUGACAUCUCAGAAGAGAAUCUUGGAGAGAAGUGCUCUGAAUUUGGGAAAAUUAUUAGCUUGGUCAUUGCGAAAGAUGAGAAUGGAGGUUCAAAAGGUUUUGGUUAUGUGAACUUUGAGAAUCCAGAUGAUGCUAGGAGAGCAGUUGAAGCUAUGAAUGGAUCCAAACUUGGCGGCAAGAUCUUGUAUGUAGCAAGAGCACAAAAGAAAACAGAGCGCAAACAGAUAUUGAGGCAUUUGUUUGAGGAGAGAAGGAAGGCACAAAUUACUAAAUACCAGGGUUCAAAUGUGUACGUCAAAAAUAUUGCUGGUGACGUCACGGACCAUGAGUUGCGUGAAUUGUUCAGUCAAUGUGGCAAAAUCACUUCUGCAAGACUUAUGCUAGAUGAGAAAGGAGUCAGUAAGGGCUUUGGAUUUGUAUGUUUUUCCAUGCCAGAAGAGGCCAAUAAAGCGGUGAAUACUUUUCAUGGAUUUAUGUUUAGCCAAAAGCCAUUGUAUGUAGCUAUUGCUCAAAGGAAAGAGGACAGGCAAGCUCAAUUGCAGCUUAGUCAUGCACAAGGAUUUGCAGGACUCACCGGAUCUUCAGCCUUUUUCCCUGGUGGAUAUCCCUCUCUUUACUACCGAGCUCUUGGUGAUCUACAACUACCUGCACGACCUGGGCUGCUGUAUCAGCCUCUGAGUAUGAGGCACAGUUGGAUGGUUAAGGGAUUCACAAACUCUAUUAGACCUUCUUGUGAAAUAUCCUUGAUUCCUAAUGCUUCACAAUAUCGGCAGAAUAGUGGAAAGAAGAACAGACAUAUGCCAGUUCCAGAUGUGCCUCAUUGGCAGCAAUCGGCCCAACCAGUGGCGUCAUCAAAACAAUCUAGCAAUGCCCAGCUAGCUAGGCAGGUCAAAUAUGCACCAACUGGUCGUUUCUGUGGUAUGAACAAAGGAUUUGUUGCAUCCUCUGCCAGCACCAGUAAAGUCGGAUCUUUCGCUGAGGGUUCAGAAAACCCGAGUAACAUGCUUAUUGCUGCCCCUUCUAAGCAGCAGAAACAAAUACUUGGAGAGCACCUUUAUCCUCUAGUUAGCCAACACAAGCCCAAUCUGGCUGCAAAGGUCACGGGAAUGCUCUUGGAAAUGGACAACUCAAAGCUUUUAUCAUUGCUCAAGUCACCAGAAUCUCUGGGUGCUAUGGUACAAAAAGCAGUUGACGUGCUCAAGCACUCCAAGAAUGAAGUUUCUAGUCAAGAUAAAACGUCUUCCAAAUUAUCUCUCUGCUGAAGCUGCAGUCAAAUUAGAAAGGCUUAUGCAGUAAUUUGGUCUUCAGCAAAGAUAGAGGUUUCCACCUGUCUAUAUCACUAGGAAAUGGAGCUAGAAAGUGUUGUCAAAAGUAGUAGGCAACUGUGUUCUCUUCAUAGAGUUCAUCUUCUGUCUUCGUCUCAGUACAGAUCGUUUCUGUUUCCAGAAGUUCCUUUAUCUACGGAAGAGCAACUCUUUUUCAGUUUCAACAUGACUUCAUGUUCAAUUCGUAGUUUUAAUGCAUUCAUUUGAUUUAGAAAGUCCGCAAUGUUAUCAAACAAUAUGGUGGCUACUUGUAUCUUGAUUUUGUCGCUGUUAAUAGUUCUCCAGGCAUUUUAUCCUAUAUGACAUGAUAGAAACAAAAUCGUUGGAUUUAAUGAUACUGCUUUAUGUCCUCCAUUGAACAGGAUCUGCUCUGCUUUUGAUAUAGCAUUUGGUCCACAAUGUUAACAAGAUCUGACUUUGAUCACUGUGCUUAGAUGGGUUUGACAAUAUGUUUGAGGUCCUCAUUCAUUUACAUCUUAUAGGCGUAAUCCAUUUCAUCUUGGCUUCUGUUGAAUGAUAAUUCAGAAAGAAGGAUGAACAAAUCCAUCACCCACGUUGCCACAGGAUUAAAGUUCAUCAACACUUGUGCACGUUAGGUUUUCUUCUUUUUUCUGGUAAUAAAUAUACAUACGGAGUAUGUUUUUUUUUUUUGUCUUUGUAUUGUUUCCA